GUAGUGCUAACUGCUAAGUUUGAGUACACAGUACACACUACACACUGUACUGAAGUGUACUGUGGAACUUGCAAAAUUGCAAAAUAAAAAUAGCUGAGUUUUUGUUUUUCAUUGCAAAGCUUAUAAUAAAUAUAUUUAUAAAAGUUUUCUACUUUUAUUGUUUUCAGCUAUGAAGAUUUAUAAUCAUUCAAUUCGAAAGCUACAAGAUUUGUAAGAUUAUAUAAAAUGCAAUUUUUGUGACAGAAAAAUGAACGAUAGCGCAGAUUGCUCAGAAACAUUAGAUCCGCGAGUCCAGAUUGAACUGGAACGCCUAAAUACAGCGACAGAUGAGAUAAAUAGGCUUGAAGUUGAACUUGAUGAGGCUCGACUGGCUUUUCGUCGUUUACUUGCGGAAGGGCAUCUUCGUAUACAACAGCUUACUAAAAAACUAGGAACAAGUGUGCAUAAGGCUAGACCUUACUAUGAGGCAAGAUUCCGAGCUAAUAUUACAUCACAAGAGCUUCAAGCUGCCAAUUUUGCCUAUGACAAAGCAAAUAGUGCCCACGCUGCAGCAAGGGAGAUGGUAUAUCUUGCAGAACAGGGUCUGGCAAGACUUGCCGAUGGGAAUGGAGGGCUUACUUUGGAUCCUGCCUGGCAAGAAAUGCUUAAUCAUGCAACUCAUAGAGUUAAUCAGGCGGAAGCUGAUCGCGCUUCAACUGCGGUGACACAACGCACUAAGGCAGCCGCCCAUAGGGCAGCUGCCUCUCUUGUACAACAACUACAAAAUAGCCUUAAGCGUCAUAUAGCCAAAUCAAGGCCAUAUUUUGAGGAAAAAGCUCGAAUCAAUGCCGCUUUAGAAGCACAAAAAGCUCGUAUCCAAACACUCGAAGAACAGGUUACUGAAGCAAAACAAAAGUAUUCCUCCGCUCUUCGUAACCUCGAGAGGAUAUCUGAUGAGAUCCAUCGGCACCGAUCUAGAAGACAAUCUACGAGAAACGACAUUGAUCAAAUGACAAUUACGGAUACGACGAGUGAAUCCAAUGCCAGUGAGAACUUAGAAGAGUUGUGCUCGACCAGUAACGAUGAUAAUGUUCGUGAGUGGCUUCGGAAGGUAGACCGACCGGAUCCUGACACCUGGACCGAGAUAGAUCUGGAUUAUUCCAGCCCCGAAGAGAUAAGUUUUGAAAAAUGCUCCCUGAGACCGAGGCCGAGCCCUGAUAAAUCUCCUCCCAGCCCCCUCGAAUCCAAGGUCUCGGCUGCCUCGCCGAGGCGAAUCAUACGAGUGGGCGAAAGGACGGCCGCCAUCAGGGCCGAGUUGGAGAAGGGGAGGCGACAGAGUUUGGAUACUAUCCUUCACGAUACAGGAGAGAAAGUCAAGGAGAUGUUCCAAGGUCUAUCCCUAUUCGGCGAGCGUCGCGGGUCGGGCUCGGCGCCCCGGACUCCGCGCAGGGCUUCUCCACGAGCUCGCCGAUCCCCCGCUCCUUCGGGGGCCUCCUCGGCCUCCGACGAACUGUACUCCGACGCGGACAGUCUUGCCAGUAUGGAGAUGUUGACCGACGAUCAAAUAGCUUCGCUAAUGCUCGACGCGCAACUCGAAGCCGUCUGUGAGAAGUUGGCUGGAGUUGCGCGUGCGCCGCGUUCGCCGCGUUAGCCCGAAUCGCGACAACCGCUAUUUUUAUCGGUUUUUAUAUAAAUUCAAAAUGAAGCUUUUUAUUGGGUUUUUAUCGAUCGGCGCUAACAGUUCGUUCUAAAUUAUAUAAUAUAUUAGUCAUUAUUACCACCAGUCGUAAACAACCACUAGUUAAAGCUUGGGUUUUUGAUGUAGAAUUACUUGAAAUUCGAUUACUUAUAGUAUCUCUUAAGUACAGUUUAUGCUUUCUCAAAUCUGAUGAAAAAUAUUUAAAUCACCAAAUACUUAUUUUGAAUGUUUAUGAAUUGAGGGAAAAGGCGGGAUUUGAAUAAGUGUGUUGAGCAAUAAUAUUUAUGCAUUAGUUUCUACAAGCUAGGUUAGGUAGGUUCUUUAUUGUAUUACGAUGUGUGGCCUAAACUCUAAAAGCAGCUAAAUUGUAGUACAGUUUAUUGUAGGUACGAGCUGCUCACUAGCUAACAAAUUUCUCAUAAUAAUACACAAAUCUCAAAAUACCAGACUCAGAAGGCCAGAUUUUGUUUAUAAUAAGAAAUUAAUAUUCCAUUAAUGUAAAUAUAUAUUUUUAUUUUAGAGUUUAGCUUUAUUUAUUUUAAUUUAUAAAUUAUUUAUUUACAUUUUAUACACGAGUAAUACUCAUACACCUUACUUCAUUACUAGUCUCAUGCAUUUUCUUUAAAGUUAAUAUGUUUUAAAUCUCACUUUAAGUCUGUUUUGAAUUAUUUAAAUGAAGGUGCAGACGUUAACGGCCUCUGGCAUGGCUGGCAUUUUGUCAUGUCGACAUAGCUAACGUGGCAUUUAUUACUUUUACUUUAACAUAAUUGCACAUUUAAAUCCAGACUACUCAGCAUCUGCAAAAUAAUUCACCUGUCUUCCAAUCAUUACAUCUUGUUAUGUUUUCAAAAACUAAAACAUUUAUGUUAAGGUGCAACUAAUUCAACUAAACAUAUUUGAUAGUUAUACGUUGGCCAGAAAUGUUGAACUCGUAAUUUAAGUUUAACCGUGAUGAAAGCAGAAUGUUAUAUGAUGUUGUCAUCUGUAAGGAAAAGUUUGUUAAAUUACCUCUAAUGUAAUGUCAAUACUAUGAAUGUGAUUUGUUAAAAUGUUGAUGCGAGGUGAACAGAUACAGAACAUCUUCAUAACAAAUAGGAAACCAUACUUACUCCGUUAAUUAGAAUCUCCCUCGAAAUUUUUUCUCUACUUUUUAGUAAGAUCGUUUAUCUUUUCACCUUGCACGUAGAAUCGGAAACAUUGUUAACUAUUAAAAUAAUUAGUUAUAAGUAAUGAGUACAAUUAGAUUAAAGCUUGUGUCCUGACGAGAUGCGCUUUUUAGGUGUUCGCACAAAAAGCCAGAUUUUAUGAUAGUUUCAAUUUGACAGUAGAAUUUCACUGCAUAAAUAGUAUAAUGUAUCGAAGAUCUUGUGAACCAGAUAACGUCAAAACGUGUUAGUUAGAGUUCACAAGAUUUUCUUUGUAUACAGUAAUCGUUUACUACAAAUUAAUUUACAGCUGUGAUUAAAGUAGCAGUCAAUUCAAUUAUAUAAUUUUGGGCGGGACCCGCUGUUGAUCAGUGUUUCGUUUAGAUCUGAUUUCUUGCCAAAUGAAUAUCGCUCUUAUUGUAAUUUAAAUUGAUCUCAAAUAGUUUUGGAUGAAGUUUCAAUUUGUGCUACGGUGAUAAUAUUUGUUUGUCGAAAUAGUGAAGUUAGCGUUUUAUUUAUAGAAAAAGUACAAUAUUUUUGUAUUAAUAGCUAAUUAAUUCAUAACAAAUACUAAAAGUACGAUAGCUUUAAAAUGAUAUUAAUUUUGCCUGUUGUGAUAUUAUUCUGUACAAAUCAUAGCCAUAAUCACAAUAGUUAGUAGUGUAAAUGACUUGCCUUCGGAGGAAUAAAUCAUUAAAUAUU